GCCCCUAUUCCUCACUCUCGCUCUUAGUCAGAGCCCACAGUUUUCGUCCCGAUCCCCUCCUCUCCAUCUCCCCUUCAUGAUGUCUGAGAAUGUUGAUGUGACUGCCCAAGCCACUCUCGAUGCCUUGCCCACGCAUAUACGGAAUGAACUAGCGUCCCUCCUCGAAGGAGAUGUCUACUUCAAACCCAGUCCAGAUUUCGAGGACUUCUCGCGGAUGUUCAACGGCAACGUCAUCAGUCACGCAAAGGCUGUCGUCUGCCCCCUGCAUGCUCAGGAUAUCAGCAGAGUCAUCAAGUUUUGCAACAAGCACAAGCUCUUUCCCUCAAUCAAGGCAGGCGGCUACGGCACCGCAGGCUGGGCGAUAGGCGGUGAUAUAAUCGUCGACCUCUGCAAGAUUAUCGACCUCGACCUCCAGAUACCUGGUGAGGGUGGCGCCUAUACGAGCAUACGUGAUAUGCCACCGCGUGGUAGCAAGGGAAAGACUCCUCUCGAUGCUUCGGCGCUGUUGUAUACUGGUAUAUCAAGCGGCAAGCGGCGUAGAGAGGAAGACAAUCGAUUACGCGUCUCCGACGCUGCAUCCCCAGUCGUAGCCGAGUUCCUGCGAAGCCAACCGCGUUUCUCCGUAGACGGUCGGAACCUACCAGAGGAUCAGCCGCCUCCCAGCAACCGUCGUAGACUCCACACUUCACCGCCGGCACUAAUUACACCUCAGUUGUCGUCUAGCUCCGGCAUCUCGAGCGGAAGUUCGGUCCACUACACCUCGAGCUCGCCGUCCGCAGGAAGCUCCGUGCAGACUGGAUCUCCACAGCCGGAUGACUCGUCGACGUCGCUUACUACCCCAUCGUCCUCUUCUGGACCAUCGUCUCGCGCCAAGUCGAGCGACCCGUUCAGUUACCUUGAAGACGACACAUUUCCACCGGCGCACACCUCUUCACCCUCGCCAUAUCUUUCCUUUGGCACCAGCUCUGGCGCCCUCUUCACCAGCCCAAGCUUGCUUGAAUCCCACCAUAACCUCAUCACUCACGCUACGCCAGUGCAUCCCCACGCGUACCUUACAUUCGGUGGUGGGCUACGACAAAAGGAAGUGGAUCGUUAUUCAUCGGAGAAUCCUCUCCCGGCUACCUCCCUCUCUGGUGGUCAGGCUACGAUUCCCUACUAUAUUCCGUUUGCUGCGCAUCCAGCUGGGUCCGGUGUCAUGCUCCACGGCGGAUUUGGGUUCUUGUCACGCAUGCACGGUCUCAGUAUCGAUAACCUCGUCGAAGCCGAGGUUGUCCUCGCUGAUGGCCAGAUAGUCAUGGCCAGCGAGGCCGAAAAUCCAGACUUAUGGUGGGCUUUGCGCGGUGCGGGCUCAGCCUUUGGUAUUGUCACGCGCUACAAGGCCAAAGCGUUUCCCGUUCCCGUGGUAUACGCGGGAAACCUGAUAUACCGUUUUGAUCGUGCGACUGCUCCUUCCCUCAUGAAGCACUUCCGCGAUUGCAUCAAGGGUGCACCCAGAGAACUCUAUGCCAACCUAAUUCUGACGGCCGGGCCCGAGGGCCAGGACUCGCUUGUUGUCAUCCAAAUGAGCUACGUAGGGCCUCGUGCUAAGGGCCAAGAGUUCCUGCAGACGAUAUCGUCGUGGGAUGGUGGACCAUGCCUGCUUAACGAGGUCGACGAGAAGUCCUUCUUCCAUCAUCAAGAUAGCGUUGCACAGGUUCUCCGUGCAAGAGCGGGAAACAAGUGGUUCAUCCGUUCCACGCUCAUCAACUCGCUUCCAGACGACAUUAUUGGAAACACCGUCUUACAAUUUGCUGAUGCGCCUGUAGGAUGCACUUGGCUGUUUGAGCUGGUUGGUGGAGCGAUGGUCGACGUCCAGGACGGAUGUAUUCCGCUGAACCAGCGCAAGGAUGCCGCAUUUACCGUAGCUGCGUUGCACCAGUGGGACAUUACCUUUGACGACCCGCGCUGCGUGACGUCCGCGGAGCAGUGGAUAGCGCAGACCCUCAAACCUGUCAGUCUAGCCGGACCCAUUCCCAGUUUCUUGGGCCGUCUGGAAAGCCCAGAACGCGUCCUCGGGUGCUACGGGGAGACCUGGAGCCGCCUCUGCGAGAUCAAGCGCAAGUACGACCCAACCAACGUGUUCCGGAGCUCGUUCUGGCCACUCAAUGAGAAGGGCGAGAUCGUCCCGCCGCAAGUGCACGAGCCAGAGCAUAUCGCCCACUGAAGGUGCAUCUACAUUCCUUCCUGACCGAAAACGCGAUCAAACACGCCCAUAGAUGUAUGUACAUAAUAUACUGGCAUAUAUCCGCACCUUUUUUUUGACUUUGGCGCAAGCUUUCUCCUUUCUCAUCAUCCUCCGGCCCGCUCGUUUUUUGUGUCGCAAUGCUGUCGAUAGUCUUUUUUCUUCCUUUCGUAUAGUUUUUCUUCUGGGUUAUCGGUUCUCCUGGGUGUGAGGCCUUUGAGGGCCGCUUGCUAGAACGUGGUUGCCUUUCGACUACUUGGAAGGCGGUGCCGGUUGAAGUCGAUACCUGAACCGGGCGGACGUGGUAGAGUGGUGUGGAUUUAAGGGUGGGCCUGGAUGGGGUCGACGCCGCAAAUGCGUAGCAUCGGAUAUUAGGUAGUUCCUUGUUCCGUCGCUAGGCGGUGUACUUAGUUUCUUGUUAUUAAUUGUGCUUCUCCC